AUGCAUAUGCUUCGCUUGGUUGUUGUUUAUGGCUUAGGUUUCGCAGCGUGCUCGACUGCGCGCAAUAUCGUCAACCUACAGCCUGACCACCAAGGAACCCGCCUCCUACCCCUUACCAAUGCAAAUUCUUCUGCUCCGGUGCUUGUGGAGCGUGGUGUUAGCGCUCGAUGUGGCUCUGAGUUUGGCAGAUGCGCUCCGGGUAAAUGCUGCUCAACUGCUGGUUAUUGUGGAGACACCAAGAGCCACUGCAGCUCUCCUGACUGCCAGAUCGAUUAUGGUCAUUGCGACGCUCACAUAACCCCCGGCGGGCCGCCUACUGACAAGAUUCCUCGGCCUCUGAUAGGCAACGUCCCCUAUGGCCCGCGCUUCAUUCGGUCCUGUACUGUUCCAGGUACCAUUGCCCUGACCUUCGAUGAUGGCCCCAAGGAAUACACGCAGGAUCUUCUCGAUCUUCUCGAUAAAUAUGAAGCUAAGGUGACGUUCUUUGUCACUGGAAACAACAAUGCCAAGGGCGAAAUUGACAGCCCCGGGAUGCCUUGGGCGUCACUCAUUCAACGCAUGCACCGCAGUGGGCAUCAAGUUGCAAGCCAUACUUGGUCGCAUCAAGAUCUUAGCAAGGUCACGCAGUCCCAGCGUCGGGUUCAGCUGCUGUGGAAUGAAGUCGCCCUACGCAAUAUUCUGGGGACAAUUCCAACUUACAUGCGCCCCCCAUAUUCCAGCUGCACCGCAGAAUCCGGCUGUCUAAAUGAUCUAGGAGCACUCGGAUACCAUGUCAUCUUGUAUGAUAUCGAUACUGAAGACUACAGCCAUGACAGUCCGGAGGCGAUCCAAAAAUCCAAGGACAUCUUCGAUCGAAACUUGGACUCCCGGAUAGAGUUUGAUAGACCCUGGCUCGCCAUCGCUCACGAUGUCCAUGAACAGACAGUCCAUAACCUCACCGAGCACAUGUUGAAAAAGCUUCUCGCAGAGGGUUACCGCGCGGUGACGGUAGGUGAGUGUCUGGGGGACCCCCCAGAGCUCUGGUACCGCAAGGAUGAUAAUUUCGACGAACGGAAUGCACGGAAAUCCAACAGAUCCAAGGACUCGGUCACCAAAGCGAUAUCAGUUGACGGUAUGUGUGGCACACAAACCACCUGUCUUGGGUCGCGAUUUGGUCCUUGCUGCAGUAGCACUGGCUUUUGUGGGAACAUGUCUUCGUUUUGCGGUGCAGGGUGCCAGUCCGAUUCUGGGUAUUGUGGCGACAAUAUCGGCGCCGCCUAUACUGGUUCGGGCAAGAAGGCCGCGAAAUCGGACGCAGGGUCUUUGCUGCAGCUGAGCCCGUCUGUGGCGGUUGUGAUAUUGUUAGCCCUUAUGGUGUUGAUGGAAUGAGCCAGGGUAUAAGGACUAUGGCCCGGUUAGCUCCUUUAUAUACGAUUGCUUGGUUUUAUACUGUCGGUGGUGUGGAUGCAGUUGACCAAGAGAAGCCAAGAUGGACUUCAUCAUGGUAUGGGUGCCUUUCAGAAAAAUGGUGGGUUUGUACUUUUAC